CUAUGAAGAUCUCCCUAUUUAGCCUGUCCAUCAUAACGCUGGUGCUGCUGAUGUGCAGCUUCGCCGUGGAAGCGGGCAAGCCGUUGAAGUGUAAGCCUCCUCUUAAGCUCAACCCGAGGACAAAGAAAUGCUUUAAGGCAUCAGUCAAGAAGGUAGCUGUUGCAAAGGCAACCACAAAGGCAGCAGCAGCGGAAUCGGCAACUACAGCAGCGUAGAGUCCCUUAACUUUAGUGAUCCUGCACGAGUUAAUAAAUGAGAAGGGAAACCGCA